UAAAAAAUGUAAAGCAAAACAAUUGUACACAAAAAUUUUAAAAAUUGUUGCAAACAUUUCCAAAGAACAGUUUACCUCAAGAAGCGCAAAGAAGAGCCCUGAAAAUGCUUUAGUGGCUGCAAAAAGAGAAUAUAAAAAUAUAAAAACAAAUUUUUAAGAAUAUUAAGAAUUACCAACCCCAACCCACAACGCGAACUCAAUUGAAAGUUAAAAUAAAGCAAAAAAAUAGAAGGCAUCAAAAUUUUACCCUCAUUCGCCCAACUCAAAAUGCUGAACAUGGAAUCGCCUCAGAUGUACGCGGAUGCGGUGCAGACGCUGGCGCAGCUGGACCUCAAGAAGCAACCGCAGCCGUUGCCGCAACAGGCAACAAUUGGCCAGAUUACGCUGACGGCGAUGUCCACUGCACAGCAGCAACAGCAGCAGCAGCAGCAGCAGCAACAACAGCAGCAGCAGCAACAACAGCAGCAGCAACAGCAGCAGCAACAGGUGACAACUGAUGCGAAUAACAAUGCAACAGUUCAGGAUGCAGCAUUGUUGGUUAAGCAACAUGCCAUGCAGCAAAUGCAGCUCAACAACAACAACAGCAACAAUUUGCUGCAGAAACAAAUGUUGCAACAAUAUAGCACACAAACGGACUUGGAUGAACUGACCACACAGGAGAUAACACUCGACUUGCAACAUCUGAUAGACGAUCAGUUCAGGGAUACAGAAACCUUGGGCAUAUUCAGUGAUAUGGUAACCAGUCCCGGUGGACUCUCAGCCACAUUGCCACCCAGUGGCAUGGUGAGUGCAGCGGCCAAAGUGUUGCAGCAGCAGCAGCAAUCACUGGCCAAUGCACGCCAGCAACAACACUCAUACGGACGUGCGGCAUUGGCUUACAUGCCACAAGCCGUACACUCGAAUGCCACAUACAACAAUCACUCGAGUGAUGAGAACAGCUCCGUGGGCAGCGACUCCAGCAGCACCAUCAAGGAGGAGCCCAUCGAUCCGGAUUAUCGCAGGCAUCUGCAGGAGUCGGUGAGCAGCCAGGCGGCAGCAGCGUUCAUCAACAACAGCAAUGGGCUGUACAAUGCCUAUCAGAGCAACAACUUGAGCAACAACAGCAGCAACAACAGCAGCAGCAACAACAGCAACAGCAACAAUGCCAACAACAACAACAAUAACAACUCAACAAACACCACACAAUUCACCAAUCUGACAACAGCCAAUGUCCUGGCCCAUCACAAUCUGCCACAUUUAACGGCGAACGCACAGCAAUUGCUGAAGCAUCACAGCAAGCUGCAACAGUCACAGCAACAGCAACAGCAGCAGCACGCACACCAGCAACAUCGCAAGCACAGCAACAAGCAUGUGGACAAGGGCACCGAGGAAUACCGAAGGCGACGCGAGCGUAACAAUAUUGCGGUACGCAAGAGUCGCGAGAAGGCAAAAGUGCGCUCCAAGGAGGUGGAGGAGCGCGUCAAGUCGCUGCUGAAAGAGAAGGACGCGCUGCUGCGUCAGCUGAGCGAGAUGACCAAUGAGCUUUCGCUGCAUAAGCAAAUCUAUAUGCAGCUCAUGAAUCACACGAAUCCCGAAGUGAGUCGUGUCUGUCGGAGCUUUCUCAACACCAACGAGCAUGCGCUGUAGCUGUGAUUCCGAAGCCGACUGAAAGAGAGUGCAAGAGAGUAUAAGAGAGCGCGAGUGUGUAUAAGUGUGUGUGUGUGUGUGUGCGUAUGUGCGUAUGUGUGUGACUGAUUCUAUUUAAAAAGCUAAGCUUCAGGAUGCAAAGCAAAAUGAUUCGAAUCGCAUGAAUCAAACUAA